UAACGCAGUUUCUGAUGGUCCAAUUAGUGACGCGACGGCAAGCACGGCCUAAUGUUUCUUUGCCCCUGAUACCAGGGAGAGCAAGCGCUUUGGGUUAUUAUUUCUGGGAGCUGAGUUUCAGCAUAACUAACAUUUGUGUAUGCCUAGGAGCUCCUUAAUAUGCAUCCUGCCUUAAGAUAAAUUCUUUGCACCUACAGAAUGGCAUUUGCUGCACUUGGAGUCACUUCAGUAAGCGUCCUGUGCAUCUUUAAUGGCGUCUGUCUUUUUCUUCCUUGUCUGCCACUCCAUUUUCACAUUAAUGAGGAUUUAUUUAUAUUUUCUUUUUGCUCGCUAGAAGUUGAGAAAGUAAUGUAUUGAGAGGCAGGAUGUUGGGUAGGUUUGGGGUUUUUUUGGGGGUUUUAUCUUUUUUUUUUGCAUUUGAGGAGGUGGGCAGUUUGGGGGUUUGGUUUGGCUGUUUUACAAAUAAAGACCUGCAAAUGGACAACAGGUGCUGUCUUUUGUUAUUGGGUGAGGAGAAAAGGAAACCAAAGGCUUAAAGUGUUUCCUGCUGUCUUCUGUGCCUCUUGCCACUCUUGGUGUCCUUGGAAAUAGUUUUCCGCAUUAAGAUGCGUGAUCCCCUGUAUCAGAACACUUUAUGUGAAAGCUUGAAUGCUGUUUCAAAACUCAAAACAAGGUGUGCCCUUGUUGUAUCUGAUCCUCUAGAAGUUGUGUGUACUAUAUCCCCCAAAAUAAGCAAGCGUGGUCUUCUGUCUGCAAGCUGAAAUGCAGCAAGUCACUCAAGUUUGAGGUGGGCUUGAUUUAUUAGUUGUCUGAAAAAGGGAUACCAGCAAUUUACUUUUACCGUAAACAUUUUCUUUCCCAUUAUCGCAGGACAGUAACCCCCCAUGCCACUGAAACAACCAGAGAAGUCGGUAUCCUCAAAGAGCCCACUUUCUCCAGCAUCCCAGGUUCAGGGUCUCAGUGACCUUGCAAAAGCUCCCCAUGAAGUGCCAGCUGGGUGCUGCAGAAAGUGGAUCAAAGAGACUGAUUCGGCUUACAUCAGGCUGGCAAAGCGAGGAGGCCGACCUGACCUACUGAAGCACUAUACUCCUGUGACAAGGAGGACCUCUCCAGCAGCAUAUGCUGUGCCUGACUGGUACUCGUACCGCUCCAGUCCCCCAGUGACCAACGAGCCAUGGAGCUCUGUUUCCUCGCUACAAGGUUAUACGAUUCACAGAAAGUUUAAGGCUGACGUCCAUCAUCGUAAUAGUUACGAGCCGAGAAGAGGGCCUUUUGAUUUGGAUGUGCAAAGUGUUUGGCAGUGGGAUGCUAAGGACAAAGAAAAGACCGAGAAAAAGAAGGUAAAGCUUCCAGCUAUAAAACCUAAAUAUCCAAGCAGAAUGCCGACUGUUUCUACAAACAAGGAAUUUAGUGGGAAAAAUAAGCUUUCCUUCCCACCUAUGUCAGCUCAGAAAAAAACUGAAGCUGUAAGCUUUAGCAAAUUAAUUAGCAAUGGUUAUGGGACUGACUGGUUUCACCAGUGUGCCGGAUGGGAAAAAAAGAUUCAAGAAACAUCAGAAAAUAGUGAGCAGUCCAAAGAUUCAGAGCCGUCACAGUCUGAAUCAUCAUCUGCAAGCAACAAGUCAAAAGCCACUGUUUCAAGGAUGUAAUAAGUAACUUAAAAGACUAUUGGGGAAAGUAAAGCCUUAUAUGGCCCACUUAUAGUCCACUAUUUACAUGUCUGUUAGAUUACUUUUUAUAGUUGAAUUCAUCCCUGAUUGAGAAGGUCAUUUGGAUGGAUGAACUUCCUUGUGCUUGAUUACAGCAAAUGUUAAAGAACAGGCAAUGGCUGUCAGUGCGUAUUCCUAGACUUUAUCUUAAUAAUAAACAAAAUAAAGCAAAACUCAGGUUCUCUCCUACACCACACUAGUGCUCCUUUGCUGUUGUCAAAUAGGUUUACCAUAUUGCUGUUGAUUUGACUAGGCCAUAAAGAAAGGUGCAGGGGAACUGUAUGGUACAAGAUGAAAUGUAAAUAGAAAGUAUUGAACUGGUAUGAAUACUUGCAGUGGAAAAGUCAAGCCUUCAAGGGAAAGAUAGCUGUUUAUUCCCAAAAGCACAUUUAUUUAGACCAGAUAUUCAGCUUUCUAGAACAAUUCUAGCACUAUGCCUGCUGCACAAGAAUUAGUUGAUCAGUCAUAGUGUUCAGCUACAUAAUUAAAUUAAGGUGUGGUAGCAUUUCCUUUUAUAGUCUUAUUAUAUAGGAGAUAAAUCACUGGGUAACAGUGGUGUGGCCUAAGCUAUAUAUAAUGUCUGCACUUUCAACUGUUAAAUAAAAAUUUUAUUUAU